AGGCCGUUGCAACAUAUCUAUGUAAUCGGCAUUCUUUUGAUGAGGAUCAAGAAAAACCUCCAAUUAAGAGACGACAGACUACCAUGUCCCUGGCCGAUACGGACACUCCUGAUAACAUUGCUCAUGAGAGACAUGUGAAGAAGAAGGGCGUAGCAAAGUUCGAAGAGUUCGAAAAUUUCGGAGAGACUUUAGACAUGAGCAUGAGGAAGCUUGUUCAUGUGAUUCGCCAGGUCGAUUUCAGCAAUGAAGUCCCUGCCCGCGCAUUCGAGGCCUGUGUGGAGCUCCACCAAUUGUUGCAUUUAUUUCGUGAGAAUGCAUCAUACAUAUACGAGCCAAUUGAGCGACGCGUUCAACACCCCAUCCGACGCCCCCGCCGGUUCGAACGUCAAAAUACAUUUGAUACCUGGAGAACCCUGGAGGUUGAAUCGAACAUUAUCUUGGUUUCAGACCUCCACGCAAUUCCUGAGCGGUUGGUGGAAUUCGGAAACGCCAUACGGCGACUACUUGAGGCGAUGUGUUCUAUCCCUGAAUUUGAUGGGGAAGGCUUGGAUAGCCCCAUCUUAGCAUUUUGUCAAGAUCUAGGAAGUUGGGCAAAUAGCCUACAUAGCUUCGAACCAGAUCAAUUCAAGACCCUUGCCAUUCAGAGAUAUGUUCACCAGCUGACUGAUGAGCUUUCCAAGCAUUUCUUCCGCUUGUCGAAGGCGGUGAAUUUCUUCAUCGAGUUUGAUGUGGAGGCAAUCAGGUCUACCCAGAAAGCUCUUUCGGCUAGAUACCAAAAUUUAUCCACUGUUUCUACUUUCUUUUGCGCUGUAGCUGCCACUUCGUUACAGUAUUCUACGUCUUUGAACCACCGGAAGCUUGGAAACAUGGUUAAUCAGCUCUGGGUUCUAGCUCUCGUGUUCUCCCUGGCAGCGACGAUAAAUAGCCAACUGCAGUACCAUUGGCGGCUACCAUCUUCAUUUUGGGCAAAACCGAAGGCCACGCAGUGGAGCGCACAGACGUCGGUGGUGUUCCUCAUAUCAGCUGUUGCAACGUACCUGGCAGGCCUAGUGUGCUAUACGUUUGCUCAGUUCCCAACGACAUUUAUCCCUGCUAUAUCAACCGCUUCCGUUUCCGUUUCUCUCUUGGCACUGCUGCCCAUAUGGUCUUAUGUUUUUAGCAGGAAUGCUAGAGCGGGUACAUCACUUGCCAUACCCGAACUUCACAUGAUGGAGCCACUAGAGCUUGAAGCAGACCACACCUACCUGCAGCCCGAUGACGAUCAGACUGAUGCCGAAAAGGGGCGACCCGACGGCGAUAUCCCUCUAGAACCACGGACUACAAGACCUAUCUCAAGGUUCAGGGAUAUUGCAAAUAAGGUGAUGACGAUGAACAAAGUCUCUCGAGCGUUCUCUAUUCAGGACGCACAAACAGUCUUACCCGCCCAUAGGCGCGGAUCCCUUCUGACCGCCAUGCGUGCCCUCCCAGAGUUUCGUACUAUUAGGCAUCUUCGCCAGGAAGGAAAUCGGAUUAGGCACGUCAGGUUUAGUCCGGAUGGUCAAACUAUUGUUUCAUGUGGUGACAUUUCUGCGACGCUUUGGAACGUGGAAACCGGGAACGAAACCCAUGAACUGGUCCAUGACGCGCAAGAAACUAUUCUCCAGUUGUUGUGGUCUCCGUCCGGAGACUAUCUACUUACGCGAACAGCACGGAAACUAUAUCUUUGGGAUCCGAACGCGGGCACAUUGAGAAAAAAAAUUGAUCGCGAGGUCAUGAUACAUUCCGUCUCCUGGAUGCCUCGGGUGAAUGCGUUCGUCUCUGUCGAGGGAGUCCAAGUACAUAUUGUGAAUCUAGAUGGAAAAAUAACUUCAAGCUUGCGUAUUGACGGAGGUUACACUGUGAAGGAUGUUGCUGUUACUCAUGACGAAGAAAAGCUCCUUGCGGUGGCUGUUGGGGGGUACCCCAAGGGCACUAGCACAAGAUCUGCUGGCAACUUAACGUCAAGUGUCUGUGCUAUAAUCAGUCUCGCGGGAAAUACGCUCAAACGAGUCGAGACGUCAAUACACGGUUUAAUGCACGAGCCAAAAGAAAUUACAUUGUCUGAAGACUCGAAAUAUGUCAUGAUAAACUAUACCAGGAGCCCAACACAGUUAUUCGCUCUUGGCCGGAAAGACAAAGGAUGGUGCCUGGACUUCAAAUGUAACUACGUGUUGGAAUCCCAUGAACGUCUAGCAUCCCCUAGUCAGUUUGGUACUUGCAAUCACGAAGGGACCAAACAUGACGUUGUUUUUGGGAUAAGUCGAACUGAGCAGACAUCAAGACAGAGGCCAAACGUUUAUAUGUGGGAUCGUGAUACCGGCCGUAAGAUGUACUGCCAGCACCCGCAUGGGAUUGACGAUUUUAGUGGAAUCACGUUCAACCCCUCGGGGAAGUUCUCUUUCGCCACGAUUUCCUAUGCAGACGAGGGUCACAUACGAGUAUGGGAGGCCUACUCAGGAUCCCCCCUGGUGACACCAAUAGCUCAAAGUCCCUCGCCCGUCCCUUCGCGCCCAUGAUGAUCAUUACGGGGAUUAUCUACACUCUUCGCUUCAUGACUCUAACAACUGACGGACUGGUGACUUGAAUAGCCCAAGAGGGUGUCUUCAAGGAUUGGCUGGGACAUGAACAUUAGUAUGCAUAAAAGGACGUGUACAUCUUUAAAUGGGCACUGGACAUGUACACUGAUAUGUAGAUGGGACAUUGACUGGUCCCUGUUUGCUUCAUAAUAUAUCGCGCGGCUGAGUGCCUGCAGCAGAC